AUGAGAAUCAAGGUCAAGACGUCGUCUGCAACUGACGUCAUCGCCUUCGACGAUGAAUCGAUCUCGGUAGCUGAACUAACUCAGCUCAUCUCUGCAUCCUCGCCAAAACUUGCUAACGUGUCUAUAUCUUCCUUCAAAGUUGGCUUUCCCCCGCAAUCCAUAGAUGCUCACUCCACGAUUUCCAUAAAAGAGACAGGGAUCCGGCCAAAUCAACAGAUCCUUGCUGAAGAAACCCCUUCACAAGACAAACCAGUAAAUGUUGCUCCAUCGCCUCCUUCUCGUCGUCCCACAGAAUCUCCAGAUAUUCCUAGUGUCCAUAUCAAGCUGCUUGACAAAUAUGCUAUAUUGAGGAACGUUCCAGACGACAACUCGUGUAUGUUUCGAGCAAUCAGCUACUCUCUCACCAACAGGCUCUCCAUGAACGAUAUAGACCUUCGACAGCUUGUGUCCAGCAAGAUAGCCAGUGAUCCCUUCACUUAUAACGAGAUGGUGCUAGGAAGGCCAAUUGACAAGUACUGCGAGUGGAUCGAGAAAAAAGAUUCGUGGGGAGGGGCUAUAGAACUAGGCAUCAUUGCUGAGGCUCUUGGGAUCAGGAUCAAUUGCUUUGACGUGGAGCUGGGGAACAUGAUGGUGUUCCAAGAUGAGGCAUCGAAGCCAGAGAAGUUCAUUUGUUUGGUGUACUCGGGCAUUCACUACGAUAGUAUUGUUUUGAACAGCGUGUUGAGCCAGAGCAAGCAAGGAGACGUAGGGUAUUGGACGCAGCACGAGGAGGAUAUCGUUGAAGCUAGCAAGCAACUUGUAAAGUACUUGCAGCUGAAAAACUACUCCACCAAUACAACCACGUUCAGGGUUCGCUGCUUGGAGUGCUACCUGGUGUUGGUGGGGGAGAAUGGAGCGUCAAAACAUGCCAACGAGACGGGACACUUCUCAUUUGGCGAGGUCAAGUAG